AUGACCAACCAACUACUUCAGAGGAAGCAACUGCUCAUUGAUGUUCUUCACCCUGGAAAGGCAACAGUACUUAAGACAGAAAUUCAGGGAAAACUAGCCAGAACGGACAAGACCACACCAGAUGCCAUCUUUGUAUUUGGAUUCAGAACCCAUUUUGGUGGUGGCGAGACAACUGGCUUUGGCAUGAUUUAUGGUUCCUUGGAUGAUGCACAGAAAAAUGAACCCAAACAUAGACUUGCAAGACAUGGCCUGUGUGAGAAGAAAAAGACCUCCAGAAAACAGGGAAAGGACCAUAAGAACAGAAUGAAGAAGUCAGGGUGA